AUCAGUGCAUAAUUCGAUAUAUUAGUAUUAUGUGUUUUAUUAAGACACAUUUCUCGCGUUCUGUCAUAUACUGAUAGACUGAAUUUUUUACAAUACUGUACAUUUCAAUGGUUAUUAAUUGUCAAAUGCAUUUAUUUUUGUAAGCGUUUGUGUAGCAGAUAAGUGGAAAAUAUGGAACAGCAGACAGAAUCAUCGACAGGUUUGAUCGCCGUGUCACUAGCUCCGAAGGAAGUGAACUGUCCGAAUUCAAGGCUUACACAGUAUAAAACUCGCCCAUGUGUUCCAGAUCAGCAAGAAAGGAGAAGACGGUUCCUUGAAGAACAGAAGCAGAAACGCGGUGAAUUGUUCAAUGCAGGCCGUGGACUGAUAGAGGAAUUGAGUGCUUUACAUGAGGAACAUGACAUGGAAUGGACAGCGCUUCAGGCUAAGCCAAGGCAGUGCAGGCUGUAUAAAGAUCGACUGAUGUUAUCUGAAUGGUUGGUGCAUGUACCAGAGGAUCUAUCAGAAUUAUGGUACCUGGUGCCAUGCCCAAAGGGGCGCAGGAAUUUGGUUGUGGCUACUGGAGGGAACACAAGGGCAUAUUCAAAGAGUGGUCAGCAGUGGGCAACAUUCCAGAGUAUUCUGCCAGGAGGCCACCGUAACGAAUUCAAAGCAUGCACCAUCCUUGAUUGUAUCUGGAGCUUUACCAAUCACAGCUAUUACAUACUGGAUGUAUUAGCAUGGAAUAACCAGCCACUACUUGACUGUGAGGCAGAGUUUCGAUUCUACUGGCUGAAGUCAAAGAUGGAAGAAAUGUCAUGUCUUUCGGAGCGCUCAAAUGACAAUGCUUUUGUUUUUACCUCACUUCCGUAUCAUGAGUGCAGUGUCUCAACAAUGACUAAUAUCAUGGCCUCAGAGAAUCUGUUUGGACAAGAUGGACCUGCUCUAGAUGGGUUACUAUUCUAUCAUUCAGAAGCACAUUAUGUUCCUGGGCGUACACCAUUGGUUGGAUGGCUAAAGCCUCAUAUGAUGGCCACUAUCCUGAGUAUUCCAGUAGCUUCAGUGUAUCUUCAGGUUGAGAGGGAGAAGAAACACAGGAGAUUCCACAAACAUAAGGGCAAAUCACAGGAUGAGACUGGUUGUAGCGAGUCUCCUACAGAAAUGGAGAUGAACGUUUCAGAUGAAACAAGAGACAGUUGCAGUGAAGUGCAUGUUGAAGAAAUGGAAACCAAAGAUUCAGGUCCUAACAACGGUGAAUAAUGUAAAGAUCGUCUGUGACACACCACUUGGCUUUUGUUGAAUGUGAUGUAUAAUCAAGUAUCAUGGAGACCACUGCCUUCUUGGAUGUGACAUGAUGCAGUCUGGUAGACAUUUACCCUCCUUCUACCUGACUAAAUACUGUGAUGUGUAUGACCACAUUGAGAUAGUUUUAA